AUGGGUGUUCCUUUCGAGGCCUUGAUCCCCUAUGGGAUUAUUGUUGGCAUGUUCGGUGUGACCGGUGUUGGCUUGACGGUAGCUAAGUACAUUGCCAACGAUGGAAAGAAGGCCCGGUGGAACAAGGAUCUAUGGGAUAGAGUAAUGAUGGAGAGAGAUUUGAGAAUUACAGGGUCCCUGCGCGGCCAAUCCACAAACCCGGAAGCUCCGAAGGGAUUCGAACUCAGCAAUCCCUGGAAGCUCGAGAAACGGAUCUACUAG